GCUAGGGAGCUAGAUGAUGUUGCAGGGGCAAGGUCCGCCAGUGUUCUACUGCAUUGUGCUUGAUAUCCUUGUCAUGAAAAUAUUAUUUGAAUGCAGUGAUGUUUUUAAUUUUUUUUUCACCAGUUAAGAUUUUUUUUUUAAUGUAAAUGGAGAAAUUGGAAAUACUGCCUGAAGGAAACCUUCAUGUGAAAAAAAAUCUUUGUUACUUAGUUUCUGCUAGAAGAGUAAGGAAAAACCUUUGCUAGAGGAUUUGCUUUUAAUAAUGCUUCUGAAGAAGAAUACAAGCUCUGAGAAAAACAUAGCAUAUUUUUGUCCAUAGUGUACUUAAUACAAAUUAUAAUGUAUUCAGCAAGAAGGAUGCAUAACAAACUGAAAAACAAAAGAAAGAGCAAGGAAGAAAAAAGUGAAGAAAUGUCUACCAAUUUAAAAUACCUUUCCUUGGGCAUCCUGGUUUUUCAGACCACAAGUUUAGUCUUGACCAUGCGUUAUUCUCGAACACUCAAAGAAGAAGGACCUCGUUACUUAUCCUCUACUGCAGUAGUUAUUGCUGAACUUCUGAAGAUUUUGGCCUGUGUUCUGUUGGUCUACAAAGACAGCAAGUGCAAUUUGCGGACUCUGAACAGAGUGCUACAUGAUGAAAUCCUUAAUAAACCCAUGGAAACUCUUAAACUUGCUAUUCCUUCAGGAAUUUAUACACUUCAGAAUAACUUGCUGUAUGUAGCAUUGUCAAACCUAGAUGCAGCCACAUACCAGGUUACAUAUCAACUGAAAAUUCUUACCACAGCAUUGUUUUCUGUGUCCAUGUUGAGCAAGAAAUUGGGUGUAUACCAGUGGCUUUCGUUAGUAAUAUUGAUGACAGGAGUGGCAUUUGUGCAGUGGCCUUCAGACUCUCAAGCAACAGCUGCUAAGGAACAUUCAGCAGGAUCUCAAUUUGUAGGCCUGAUCGCAGUUCUUAUAGCAUGCUUUUCUAGUGGAUUUGCUGGGGUUUAUUUUGAGAAAAUUUUAAAGGAAACUAAGCAAUCUGUGUGGAUCAGAAACAUUCAGCUUGGAUUUUUUGGUAGCAUAUUUGGACUGAUGGGUGUAUACAUUUAUGAUGGAGAACAACUGUCAAAGAAUGGAUUUUUUCAAGGAUACAAUAAACUUACCUGGAUAGUUGUUGUUCUACAGGCACUUGGAGGGCUGGUGAUUGCUGCUGUUAUAAAAUACGCGGACAACAUUUUAAAGGGAUUUGCAACCUCUCUCUCUAUUAUACUGUCAACGCUGAUCUCCUAUUUCUGGCUGCAAGAUUUUGUCCCUACAAGUGUCUUUUUCUUCGGAGCGGUCCUUGUAAUAGCAGCUACUUUCCUAUACGGUUAUGAUCCCAAACCCGCAGGAAAUCCCAUUAAGGCAUAGCAGACUUCCUCGUCAACCUGCUUCUCAAGAUCAUGCACUGGGGGUCUUGCUAACAAUGGCAUAUGGAAAGUGUCAUUGUGCACUGCAAGGACAGGAGUACUACCCUGAAUCUAUUGAAGAAAUGCUUAUGAGUAGUUUUGAACAGCCAGAGUGGCUAAAGGUGGAUGAUGAUACUGUCUGUAACUGAUGAAAAAAUAAAAAAUAAAAAUGGCAGGGGAAUGCCCAGUGCAACUUGCUAAUUAAAAACUUGAAAGGAACAAAAAGUUUCCAAGAAACUGCAAUUAGGAAUGUUUACAGCUUUGACUGGGAUUGCAUCAAAAGAAUUUACUGUAUUGACUGCUGCAGAAAUAUGUCCUAUGCACUCUUUGAAAGAGCACAUGACAAUAUUGUCAGAUUGUAUGUUUUUGCAAUUUGACUAUACUUAAUCUCAGUAAAUGUUUUUAACUGUUUGUCAAUUUACAUGAAAUCAGCUGAAUAUACAUCAUAGUUCUAAAGUGAUGGUUCUAAUUAGGUAUUCCUUAUUAAAACUGUGAAGACUGAAGUAUGAUUGAAAGACACUUUCACAAUAUCCAAUAUUUUUAUAUUUUUAGAAGGCUGAUUUAAUAACA